CUGCUUGAAGAUCGCCAGUCGUCUCAGGCCGCUCCUGCCAGUACGCCGGCAAUUGACAGUCUCACCAACGGCAUCUGGGAGUUUUCCUAUGAUCCGGAGUGUGGCGUAACGUUCGAGUCCUGGUAUCGGCGUUUCGAAGACCUGUUCCGAGUCGACCUCUCGUCCCAGGACGACGCAUGGAAAGUCAGACUCCUUACCCGCAAACUGGGUUCAGUAAAACUGAAGAAAAACACGGACACAUUCCUCCCCAUGUCCUCGCUCGACUUCACUUUUGGAGAAGCCGUUCAAAAUCUCAAGCGGAUGUAUGGAGUUCGCAUCUCCUUGUUCAUUACCCGGUGCCGAUGCCUCAAACUCGCAACAGGGGAGUUUGACGACUUCCUUGACCAUCUAGCUGUGGUCAAUCGAGAGUGCGAGGAAAGUCAGUUCAAAUCAAAACUCUCAUUUGCAGCUAUUCACCAAAUGCCGACUCCCAAAGAUGUUCCCUCACUGCGCUCCUUCUUGGGACUGACGCAUCCCUCCAAGGGCAUCGGAGCCGUCAUCGUCCACGUUUUUCCCGACGACACAGAAAAGGCCAUAAUGUACGCAUCCAGGUAG